AUGAAUAAUUCAAUUAUUUUAAUAGUAUUUACACUUGUUUCACUCAUCAUUGGUACUACUAUUUCAGAAAAUGUAGUGUGGGAUAAAAGUGUACAAUGUGAUUCGUGGCAUUGUGAUUUUAAUGAUGGAUCAAAUUGGGUAGGAGGUGUUGCCCCAUCAUCCAAUGACAUUGCAUUUAUCGAGAUCCCCAUUACAGAGCUAAAAGCACAAAAUAUCUUUUCAUUUGAUAACAUUCAAAUCUCUGGUCUUGUACUCAACGGUACCUCUACUGCUCCUUUGGGAUUUACCAGUUUCUCUAAUUUCCAAGUUAAAGGAGAUGUAUUUGUUGGCAACUUUAGUACUUUUAUCAUAAACUACUAUGGUAUUUUAUCGGUAGCUGGAGAUUUGACGGUUGUGAAUAAUGGUGUAUUCCAAGCAUUGGAUUAUGUCAGUGUCAUAAUUGAUGGUGGUGCACUUUUUGACACUGCUUCUGUCUAUUUACAUGGUAUUAAUGGUAGUCUGUCAAUCACAGGAGACAGCUUUUUCAAUGGUAAUGCUACCCUCUCUCACUUUACAACUGUCACAUUGGGUGGUAUUGCUACUAUCACUGGCUGGACUCCAUUCACAGCUUUGGGUGAUGUCACCGUAGAAGAUCUCAUAGUCAACGAAGCUGCUACAUUUAAUAUUGGUCGUAGUCUUGUAGCUACAUCUAUUCUACUUGACACUGAUGCCAAUCUCAAUGUAGACUAUUCAGUUGUUGUCCGUAUUCUUGACCUUGGUCUCAACGCUCAAUUUAUCCAAAAUCAAGAUCAAAUUGAUACGACUGAUGGGUCACCAAUCACCGUUGAAAUUGAUUCGGUCAGUUCUACUAGAAUCUCGACUGUUAUAUUUGGCAAGGCUGACUCUGUAAACGUUCCAUCAAUCUAUUUGCCAUUGGGGUAUGUUACUAGUACAGACUUGGUAGAUCAACUCAACUUGGGAGGUCAAGAUGACCAGUCGACCCUUUUCAUUUUACAAUUCACACUUGGAAAUCCACAUACUCCCACCGGAGUUUUCUCGGCCAAUUUGACCAAUAUUGCAGUCACCCAUAUUUGGGAUACUAAACUCAACACAUCUCCCAAUACGACUCUGUAUUUUAACGAGUAUGCUAGUUGGGCAACCACUACAUUUGCACUAAACAAUGCAGCUGUCUAUAUUGGAAACCAAGCUCUACUCAAUUUAACCAAUUCUCAAAUCCAACUUGUUGGAAACUCUGUUGUCCAAGUGUCACCCUUUUCUUCACUCCUUGUCAAGGAUAGUGCUCUCCAGACCCAAAGUAUUAUUGCCAACAAGGGAAACAUCACUGUACAAAACUCUACUGUUAGUGGAACCAUCACUACACAGUCUUCACAAGUUUCCAUUUCCUCUCCAGCCACAUUUGGUAGUCUCAUUCUCCAAGGUGAAUCUAUCCUCACCAUAGACAUUUCAAACCCACUCUCUACCAUUGUCUCUAAUGUCCCAAUCACCAUUCAAAAUAGUUUCUCAUUUGGUGGAACAGGAACUGUAACUGUCACCAUCUCAAAUCCCAGUUCACUCAAAGCCGGCCAAGUCUACUAUAUUGCUGUCAGUCCCUCUCUUUCCAUCUACCCAGAUCAAAUCACUCUUGCCACACCUUUACCAAAUCAAUUAACUUCUAGUUUUGAUAUAAUCACCUCUAAUAAUAGUAAUUUAAAUUAUCUUAUUUUAAAUAUUCAAUAA